CACACGGCGGAGUGCCGGUUCUUAGGGCGCAAGUACUUGAGGACAGUAUUACAAAGGAGGAAGAAGACAAGGGCAGUUGUCCAGCUGAGAAGAAGCCCGAGGUGAAAUUUUCUACUGCACGAGCACACCAUCCACCAGUCCCUGAGUAACUCAGGGCUUGAUGGGGCCCUUGCAUCACCCACAUUCCAAGAUUGCCUACGUCACUCCCCCGCCCAUGGAAGUUGGAGCUUAAAGAAAAAGGCUCCCUCACCCCCCCACCCCUCUUUUGAGUCUUGGGCCUCUUUCCCAUAAUCAGUCUGUCGAAAUAAUAUCUCCGAGCGAAAUAUGGGGAAAUCCAGUAAAUAUCGUUCUAGUUCACGCUCACCCGAGCGUCGCGAUGAGGAUGAUUAUCGUUACGAAAAGCAUUCUAAAAAGAGGUACGACGGGGGUUCGGGCCGUGAGUAUUCUGGUGACGAGAAGCCUGGUAGGGUCAGAGAUGGUGAAUAUUACCGCGAGAAGGGACAUAGGAAACGUGAGAAGGAGGAGAAAAAGGAGAGGAAGCGCAGGGAAAAGGAAAAAGAAGAUAGCGGGGAAUACGGUAGCCCUGGGCGCCCUCGGAGUCGCGAACGAAGCACACAAGAACAGAAUUAUCAACCUUCACCUCACGGACAGCAUUAUGGUGACCAGCCUGGACACGGAUACCAAGCUCCACCGCAUGAGAGUGGAUAUCCGGCGACAGGCUCUGAGCACCCAGGUCACCAACCGUCCUCGUACGGACCCGGUGUCUACACUUCGGCCGGGUAUCAACCUCCGCCGCCUGCGCAAGGCUACCCACCCGCCUCCCCAGGCUAUGGGGGGUUUCAAGGGCCACCAGCACCUCCUCUCUAUGCAACGGGAGGCUUCCAAGGAUAUCCCCCUCCUCCUGGCCCACCCCCCACUUCGCAACAAUACGGCGGAUAUAGCAGCGGAAGUGCACCCUACAGCUAUCCUCCACCUCCACCGCAGCAGGAAUAUGGGGGAUACGCGCAAGGAGGGCACGGACAAUCGCAGUAUCCGGCUCCUCCUCACCAGUCUCCCCACCAACCUCUAAACCACCCCGCUGUCUCACAGGGCGGUCCAGUAUAUGUAUCGUUGCCUCCACCACCAAAAGUCACUGCGGGUGGAGCUACCGCAGGCCAGCACUACAAACCUCAGCAUCAUUCGGCUCAACAGCAGCAAGCAUAUUACGGGCACGACUCGGGAACAGUCGACUACCCAACUGGCGGCUCAACAGCUGUUCAAUUUGAGAAUACUAACCCCGCCAAUCCUCAUUCCAAACCUUCUGCUGGUUCUGGUGGCUCCGCAGUUUCUGCACUCGAGACCUUUACCGGUGCGCUCACCAGUUCGCUACACUCGUACGCCCGUACUCUUUUCCCUGCCACAAGCGCCCACAAGCCUGUCGCCCAGUAUGGUGCCCCGGGCGAGAGCGGAGCCCCGGCUCAGCAAACAGAGAAUAGGUUUGACUCGUUUGCCCGGGAAAAGACUGGAAAUGGAGUAAAGUGGUAUGUUGAUGGAAAAGAUUAUAUGUAUGCUGUAAGCAUUGCCAUAGAGAAUGCUCAUCAGAGCAUUUGGAUCCUGGACUGGUGGUUGAGUCCUGAGCUCUACCUCCGCCGGCCUCCUAAGCUAAAUGAACAAUAUCGAAUCGAUGUGAUGCUUAAGGCUGCAGCAGAACGCGGAGUUAAGAUUAAUGUCAUCGUGUACAAGGAAGUUACUCAAGCCCUAACACUUAGCUCACAUCACACCAAAACAUCGCUUGAGAACCUUCACCCCAAUAUCACUGUAUUCAGACAUCCCGACCAUCUUCCGGAUAGGCCAACCAUUCAAAGUGACAUCUGGAACAAGGUGACUACAGGAACUUAUCAGCUAGGAGAUGGGCUUAAGGGGUUGUACGGCAUGAAGGAUGGUGUGACUAUGUAUUGGGCACACCAUGAAAAGCUGUGCCUCGUUGACGGAGAAAUUGCAUUCAUGGGUGGACUGGAUUUGUGCUUCGGCCGUUGGGACAUGAACCAUCACCCAAUCGCUGAUGCACACCCGAGCGACCUUAGGGCAAUUAUUUUCCCAGGCCAGGAUUAUAACAACUCCAGGUUUAUGGAUUUCCACACCGUCGACCAUUGGGAACAAAACAAGGUCAAGCGCGAGGAGCACUCUAGAAUGGGAUGGUCUGACGUUGCACUGUCCGUAAUCGGUCCUUCUGUGAAGGACCUCCAAAGACAUUUCAUUGGGCGAUGGAAUUUCAUAUACUAUAGUGACGAUUAUGGCUAUGAUGAACCGCGGGGCGGUUAUGAAGAGGAAAAAGCAUACAGUGAGAGGAGACAUGACGAAGUGGAGGGCGUACGGUGUCAGAUUGUCAGGAGUUCGUCUAAAUGGAGUCACGGACUCCCCGCAACAGAGCACUCGAUUGCACACGCAUAUAUCGAGAUAAUAAGCGCGGCGACGCACUUUGUCUACAUUGAAAACCAGUUCUUCAUCACCGCAACAGAUGACAAGCAGAACCCCAUACUCAACAAGAUUGGUCGUGCAAUUGUCGAUCGAAUUCUCCGUGCCGACCGAGAGCACCAGAAAUUCAAAAUGAUAAUCGUCAUCCCCGCAGUUCCAGCCUUUGCCGGCGACCUUAAGGAUGAUGGUAGCCUUGGGAUCCGGGCAAUCAUGGAAUUCCAAUACCGGUCUAUCAACAACGACAGAGGCUACUCGAUAAUGGAGCAAAUCGCAAAGGCUGGUGUCGAUCCAAAGAAAUAUAUCAGAUUCUACAAUCUGAGGAGUUACGACCGUAUCAACGCUGGCCAACUCGACGCCUUCGUUUCCGAGGAGCUUUACGCGCACUCCAAACUCCUAAUAGCAGAUGACAGGAUUGUAAUCUGCGGAUCUGCGAACCUAAACGACAGGUCCCAACUCGGCGACCACGACAGCGAGAUCGCGAUAAUAAUCGAAGACCCCACACCCCUUCCGUCGCUAAUGGAUAACAAACCCUACAAAGCCUCGCACUUCGCCGCAACCCUCCGCCGCCAAAUCUUCCGAAAACAUCUCGGCUUGAUCCCCGCCGCGAACCUCACAACCGUGGAUGAGAACAUGCACCCAGUUCCCAUACCGAACAUCUACGACUUUGACUCGCAGGAGGACCUGAUGGUGACAGACCCACUCUCAGAAACCUUCGAGAACUUCUGGAAUUACACUGCACGCGCCAACACCGCUGCCUUCGAAAAGGUCUUCCACGUCGUGCCCACGGAUAAAGUGGCGAAUUGGAAGGAGUACGACGAGUACUGGGGUAAGCACUUUCGUGUCCCCCCCGGUGAGAAUCAGCAGCCGAAGAUCAAGUGGGGGCACGUCGUCCGGGAUGAGUUCAACCCCGAUCCUAUGGUUGCAGUUGGUGAGAUUAAGGGUGUGCUUGCGACGGUUCGCGGACACCUUGUGGAGAUGCCAUUGGGGUUUUUGAGGGAGGAGGAUAUUGCCAAGGAGGGGUUGGGAUUAAACGCGAUCACAGAGAGUCUGUAUACCUAAGAUAUCUUGUGUUUAUGACUAUGAGAGGAAGGUGGAUAUUUAUGUUACCAAUUAGUUGUGUUUUGUUUAUCCAACUCGCUCCUGUACCAUCA